GCGCCGGGCCGGCGCCCUGCCGCGUGCGCGCCGCGCCCCGUGCGGCGGUACGCGCGGGCAGCUCGUGGGCCGCCGGCCGAGGCCCCGCCAGGGGCGCCCGCCUGUGGGCGCGUCGAGCCUGGCGCGUCGCGGGGCCCCUGCGGCGAGCUCGCCGCCACCGCCUCGGCGUGGUGGGCGCCCGAGCUCGUCGCAGGCCUGCAGGAGCCUCUGCGCCGCGGCUUCGAGCAGGGCGCGGCCUCGGAUGCCGUCGAGCGGCAGGGGGCCCGGCGGCGCCGCGCGCAGAGGCGCGCCCGCCUGCGGGAGCUGUGCGGCCAGGGCGGCGCGGGCGGGGUGCUGUGCGAGCACGUGCUGGGCCGCUGCAGCAGCGACUGCGUCGCCUGCAGGUGGGGCAGUUCCCGUCCCGACGCGUGAGGGCCCUUUCCUCCUCGCGUGGCGUCGCGGCGCGCCGUUCUGCGAACUGGGCUGAGUGGAGAGGUCCACAAGAAGGCCCACUAGAGGUCCACAAGCGGCCCCUCCCCCGAUCGUCCUGCAGAUUUCAUCACAGGCAUGCACAAGCUGGCGCAUUCGCUCGUCGUUGCUUGUUUGUUAGUGUUCCAGGGACGGUCCACGAAGCGGCCGUCGAGCAGCAGGAGGCCCGGCGGCGCCGCGCGCAAGGGGCGCGCCCGCCUGCGGGAGCUGUGCGGGGGUUUUGGUUUUCUCUUCCACAACCUCUUGCUUCUCCGUCUCGCUCGCACUUGCAGAACCGCCGUGGCAGACGUGAGGUCCACAAGAAGGCCCCCAAUUUUAAGCAUCGUCAUCCAGAGAGGUCCGCAAGCGGCCCCUCCCCCAAGCACGCCAUCGUCCACUCCGUCAGAUUUCUCGUCGAAUCUAUGGGAGAGGUGCGUAGAAUAGUCCGUAGAUCUACGGAGCAUUUUGUGCCACCUCGAUUCUGAAUCGAUCCCCUACUCGAAUGGUGAUGCUGCGGUUUCUUCACAGACGUGCACGAGCUGGCGCAGACGCGGGUUGCUUGCUGGUUCGUUUUCCAUCGGCGGAGUGCCCUGGUGGCCAUGUCGAUGAAAA